GUAGACUAAUUAAAUAUUUUUAAUUAAUUUUUUUUUUCUUCCUUCCUUUGUUCUUCAAGCCUGUUCCCUUCGUAGACCAACACAUCUUGGAAAAUGGAACCCUUCCCUUCUCAACCCCAGGAGACUUCAGUCUCAUACUCCCACGAGAACAAAGGCAGCGAAAAACCCCGAGUUAGUAUCUCCGGUGUUGAAUCGGAUUCAUCCACGAUGGCAGACCCUUCGUCCGAAAAAGUCAAGGACUCUAUCGAUCCGAGCCCAUACGAAUCGAGACAAUCCCUUGAACGCAUCCCUUCGCAGACGAAGUCCACCAACGCGAAUAUGUACCCCGACCCAGAAAACGUGGUUGAGGCUGAUAUGGAAAAAGGCGGCUUCGCUCCUGUUGCAAAUGAGAAACAACCACAAGAACAGAAACCUCCGGCUGGCCCACCAGGCUUCAAUCCAGCCGACUUCCCAGAUGGCGGAUUGGAGGCUUGGUUGGUGGUAGCCGGUGGCUUUUGCGCGCUAUUCAGCACCUUUGGACUCGUCAACUGUGUCGGUGUAUUCGUAGAUUACUACGUCGAUGGCCCGUUGUCUAACUACAACACCUCUACGGUUACUUGGAUUACGUCGAUACAGGUGUUUAUGAUGUCGGGCUUAAACGCUUUCCAUGGCCGACUCUACGAUAGAUACGGACCCCGCUGGCUCCUCAUCAUCGGCACACUCGUGUACUGCUUCGGACUCAUGAUGCUCUCGCUCUCGACGAAAUACUACCAAAUUCUCCUCUCGCAAUCCAUCGUAAGCGCCGUGGGUAUGAGCGCCGUUUUUAACUCAGCCAUGAACUCAGUCAUGGGAUGGUUCUUCAAAAAGCGCGCCGCAGCUCUCGGUCUCAUGGUCUCCGGUUCUUCGCUCGGUGGUGUGGUUCUACCCAUCAUGAUCCAAAAGCUAAUCCCACAAAUCGGAUUUCCUUGGACCAUGCGCGUGCUUGGCUUCGUGUUCCUUGCGCUAUGCGGAUUUGCGUGUGUUACGGUCAAGUCUCGCCUCCCGCCGCGCAAGAAGCCGUUUAACGUUAUGGAUUACAUCCGCCCGUUACGCGAGCCAGCGUUCGCGUGUAUUGUGUGCGCGGGCUUUUUUUUUUUCUGGGGCAUGUUCCUGCCCUUCAAUUACAUCGCAUUGCAGGCUCAGCAGCAGGGUAUUGACCCGUCUAUUGUCCCAUAUCUCCUACCUAUCAUCAAUGCGCUUAGCAUCCCCGGUCGUAUCCUCCCCGGCUUCCUAGGCGACCGCUUCGGCCGCUUCAACAUAAUGAUAUUCAUCGCGGGUCUCUCCGGCAUAAUCACCCUAGCCCUCUGGGUCCCAGGCCGAUCAACCGCAACAACAGUCGUAUACGGCGCCGUAUUCGGUUUUGCAUCCGGUGGUUUUAUCUCCCUACUCCCCGCCGUCAUCGCACAGAUCAGCGAUAUACGUGAGAUCGGAACACGUACCGGAAUCGCGUUCUUUACGUCUGCACUUGGCGCUUUAACUGGUUCACCGAUUGGAGGCGCUAUUGUUAAUGCGAAUGGAGGGAAAUUUUUGGGUCUGCAGUUGUUUUGCGGGAUUGUGAUGACUAUGUCUAUGGUUUGGUUUGUGGCGGCGAGGGCGCUGCUGGUCGGGUUUAAGUGGACGAAAGUCUGAAAAGGGGCGUGCGCAUUGGAGUUGCUCUUGGGACACAGCUUCUUAUGGAUUUAGAAAGGGGUUGGUCUUGCAAAUGGAUAGACAUAUGCGCUGGUAGCGUUUCUUGUGCUAAGACUGGUGGAAUCGAGGCGAUCUUGUUUUCGCGAAGAUCAUAGAGAGGACUCGACAUCGUGGUAACGGAAUCUCUCUAUAUGCACGAGAGUUUAGGGUAUUAUGACUCGGGGCCCUUUUUGGCAAUUCUCCAACAUGUCGAGUUAGGAGAUAGCCACCCCCCUAGAAGGCAUAUCUGAGAUGUCUCAACACCGAGGAUAUUGAUUGGCACUCCACUCCACUCCACUCUUUAGGAGUGCCACGAUCAGAUAAAGGGGCGCUACUAAUAGAUG